UGUUGUAGGAAAUACCAAAACUAGCUUGAAGGUACUGGUUCUGAAGGCCUUACCAGACGUCGCGAGUGCAAAAACGCUGCUUUACAUCAACUGGCAUCCAGCAGCAUAAACCUAUCAUCAAGAUAUCCAUAAACCAGUUCGGCAAAAUGAAUAUUAUUGAUAUACGAAUAUCGCCGCUUUUGUCCAUUGUAGAUAGUCCAGAUUUAGUUGUUUUUUUGUUAAGACGAGGAGCUGAUAUUAAGAUCCGAAAUAACCUCGGGGAGACAUUAUUGCAUCUGGCCGUUCAAGCUAGAAAUACGGAACUUGUAAACUUUUAUCUUGAGUUCGGAUUGUCUGCAAAUGACAAAACACUACGUGGAGAUACGCCAUUGACGUUGGCAGUCCAAAGCGGAUUCGUCGAAAUUAUGGAUAUCCUUAUAGAGUACGGUGCUGAUUACAAGAUAAUGAACCCUAUUGAUCAAAAUCUAGUUCAUUUGGCAGUGGCAAAAAACCAAAGAGAAGCAUGCAGGCGGUUGGUCAGUCUCGAUAUCAAUCUUAACCAACAGGACCGGAACGGAAUAUCUCCAUUACACUCAGCAGCGGAAAGAAACUACUGUGAUAUAAUUAAAAUCCUGAUCGAAAACAACGCCCAUAUUGACCUACGAAACUAUGACAAUGCUACUCCUUUGCAUAUGGCAGCUGAUAGGAAAGAAUGUGGAGACGCAGUUGCAGUAUUGUUAGAGCAAGGCGCUGCAGUUGAUUUGGUGACUUAUAAUGGGGACCUCCCUCUGCAUACAGCAGCAGCAUCUGGAAACGAGCAGGCAGUAAGGCUGCUCUAUCGAAAAAAUUUUCGAAUUCGGAAAAACCGAUGUGGACUCACACCUUUAAUGAUGGCCGAAGCCUUCGCAAAACGGUCAGUGGUGUGCUUACUUAAAGAGAUGGAAAUGUGUUAAAGGAUCAGUGCAACCAGUGCCUUAUCUGCUGCUAAAGCUGAUUAAGACUGUAACUAUUACUUAAGAGCGUUUUAUUAAAUUGUUAAAUGUGUAAUUGAAUUACGUUUCAAUGUUCAGAAAAGGUAUAAACUCCUAGGUGCAUGUGAAUCGUUGGCAAAUUUUUAGCAGCGGUCAGCUUUAGAGCAAUGUAAAUCUAUGUCUGCCGCUUUCUGAAGAGGUCUUCCAGUUGUAGAUGUCUAGUGUGUAAUUUUGUGCAAUCGAGACGGUUUCUUGUCUCCUAUGCAAGCAAAUUAUAUUUUGGAUUAUUUGAUAAUAUGACCAAAGUACUCGGUAUUUCUCUACUUGAUUGUCUCCGGAGGCGCCCUCUCCUCGCCGUAGUUUAUUUCAUUAGCAAGUAUACCCUUCAUUGUGGUGUCAUUUUAAAUUCUAUAAAAAUAUAAUUUUUCCUACCCAAGCAAUCUUCAUUUCUUGAUUCUUCCCUUCUUUUAACAAUCUCCACUUGGGGAUUGUUCGCACCCUUGCCUCAUAUAAGAGACGCCGAGGACUGGGGGCCAUUGGUUGGUUUUGUACCAUCAUGACGUUAUCAGCAAUGCUAGUAGAUUGUAUUUAAUUCCGAAAAUGUCUUGAAUAUUGUGAUUUAUUGUUACAUAUUUACUUGUUUAAUGUUUACUGUAUUGCAAUUAUAUGAUGUACUUAAUUCUGCAAUUCUAAAGUCAGUUUUAUUAGACUAUAGGGAGUGUCGAUUGUAGUUUUGCUUGUUUGCCGGAAACUGUUUUGUUGUUCCUUUAUAGACUAAUUGCAAAAUAUAUUUUAAAUAAAUCUUUAUAAACUUUCAAA